AACAGUAUCUACUUCAGAGCGAUCUUGACGAUUAGUGCCUUUGCAGCAAAUAGAUAAUACGCCCAUCACCCUGUGGUUUCCCACCCCCUCCCGUGACUUAACUGCUUCUACUCCACCAUAGCGGCCGUGCCGUCUACCUCGAGAUAGUCCACAACGCUCGACUGCGGAUUCUCAUUUGUUCAAUCAAUUCAAAUCAACAGGCAUAGUUCUCGACGAACAUGCCUCCCGGCGACGUUCCUUUGCCGGACAGCCUCGUGCCGGGCAACGGGGCUGUCCGCCCUAAGCUCAAUACCAGUGGAUAUGGCGGUGGUAGUUUUCAGUCGCAAACUCCGACAUCUCCUGCAGACAGUAACAUUGCCUUUGACUCGCCUCGCACAAGGACAGGAGGAUGGAACGGGUCCAACAACAGCCCGGUCGAUGGAGCACAGAACCCAGACGGUCGAAUGAGCCGGCGUUUGGAGUCCGGUCACCCUGGCUCUCGAGAUCCGUCCACUCCACGAGAUCGUAAUGGCUAUUACGAUAGACCAACACCACGAGAGAGAUCCCGCCCCAAUGGUCGACCACCCACAAAGUCCCCUGGCAGCUCGUCGCGUAUUUGCAAAAAGUGCGGGGAACCGCUCACGGGCCAAUUCGUACGCGCUCUGCUUGCAACAUACCAUCUUGAGUGUUUCAAAUGUGAGGACUGUGGUCAAAUAGUGGCAUCUAAGUUCUUUCCUGUGGAUGCUGAAGAUGGCAACGGGCAAUACCCCCUAUGCGAGACGGACUACUUUCGGCGUCUCGACCUUCUCUGUCACGAAUGCGGUGGUGCUCUUCGUGGUUCAUAUAUUACGGCAUUGGAACGCAAGUAUCACAUCGAGCACUUCACAUGUUCUGUCUGCCCCACUGUGUUUGGCGCGCAAGACUCCUACUAUGAACACGAGGGUAAAGUGUACUGCCAUUUCCACUAUUCGACACAAUUCGCUCAGCGCUGUCACGGAUGUCACACGGCAAUCCUCAAGCAAUUCGUCGAAAUCUUUCGAAAUGGUCAGAAUCAGCAUUGGCACCCUGAAUGUUAUAUGAUCCACAAAUUCUGGAACGUGCGACUAUCCCCGACCGGGCAAGUCCUGGAGUCGCCUGAAGCGGAUCUAGACGCCACUGACGAGGAACGUAACAGAGUACGAGAAGAGGAAGAUGUCAUGGAGGAGAAGGUCUACAGGAUAUGGAGCAUACUGUCCAGUUUUGAGGAAUCAUCUGCUGCAUGCAUUUCGGAUAUGCUUCUUCAUGUCAGCAAUGGCACCUAUGUUGAUGGCGUAUUUGUUGCCAAGAAGUUCAUCGGGCACGUUGAUGUCCUCUUUUCUGCCAUUGACCAGCUUGCCACCAACAUCAAGACUCAAGGCAUGAAAGACUUGGCUUAUGGGCGUGAGGCAAAACUUCUGUGUAAGAAGAUCGUUGCUUUCUUUGCAUUACUCUCGAAGACUCAGGAGGCUGGCGUGCGUAAACUGGGCGUCACGCAGGAACUUCUCUCAUUGGUCACUGGACUUGCUCAUUACCUCAAGCUUCUUAUUCGUAUCGGACUACAGGGGGCCCUUAAACUUGAGAGAGAAAAGCAAACACCUGAAGGUCUUCACCAUUUUCUCGACCACUUGGGAGAUCUAGAAGCACUCAGGCCUCUCGACGAAGAGGAAACCACUGCAGACUUGAUGGUUGGUGUAGACGUCCUCGCUGAUCAGCUAUCUGACUGUUGUGCAUCUUGCAAAGAACCGAUUGACGAUGAAUGUGUCAUGCUGGGCGAUCACAGGUGGCAUAUGAAGCCGCCACACUUCUCGUGUACAUCUUGUCAGAAGGAUCUAACGAGCACCAUUCAAGACUCGUUGUACAAUUCGAAGGAAAAGCGGGCUUAUUGCAACGACUGCGUCACCAAGAAUGGACUGAACCAGGAGACCCAAGGAGGCUUUGUUCAUGUGACUAAACUCCAGCAGUUUAUCUUCCUUUUGAGAGUUGCUCUUGCGCGACUCUUGGCCGUCCUACGAGCUGGAGGAACAUUCUCUGACGAUCUAGGUCCACAAAGCGGCGGCGAUAAUGGUCGAAUUCCACCCGGGGGUGAAAUGCGCAGGUCAGGCACAAGAGCGAAAUCCUAUGCAAAUGCUCUCAAAGAUAACCCCGAAGGUUCAUCGCUCGAACAGACAGUUGGCGAAAUGCGACGUCUGCGAUCAAUCCGAAACGAGCGUACUCUGUCGACAACCUACAGGAAGGCUCGAGCGUCUAGAAUAAUCGAUGGGCCCGAAGGUCGAAGCGUGCGGCCAGGGUCAUCCGGUGGCGAAGCCUCGGAUCCACGGGGCCAUGGAUUUCAGAUUGUAGAGGAAAAAGAUGCCAACGGAGAGACGGUCACUGAGCUGACGUUUGGCAAUCAGGACGCAUUGACUUUGGAUGAUAUUCCCAGAAUCGUUGCGGCUGAGCAAGCCAAGGAACAGCGGCCUAAUGCUUACAAGCAUGCCGGCACCAAGCUUGUUGGCACCACCGAGCCUCUUCCGAAGUAUAAUUAUGGCCAUCAGCGUGGCGUUUCGGGUGCAGGCUUAGAGCAGCAUCUGAUGGAGCAGGCAGGGCGGACCAAGAAGUACUUCUCCGAACUUUCUGCCCUGGAGUACUUCAUUGUUCGACACGUUGCGGUCCUGUCCAUGGAGCCAUUGCUUGACGGGAGCUUCACUCUGGAAGAGCUUCUUUCGCUGAUCGAGUCACGCAAACCCACUAUCUGGAAUAUCUUUGGCCGCGCUUUCAAUAAAGAGGCCAAGAAAGGUGGGAAGAAGAAGGGUGUCUUCGGCGUCAGUCUUGACUUCCUUGUCGAGAAAGAAGGUACCGAGUCUAGUCACGGUGUUGGCCCUGGAGCGCUUCGCAUUCCUGCUCUCGUUGAUGAUGCCGUCUCCGCGAUGCGUCAAAUGGACAUGUCUGUAGAGGGUGUCUUCCGAAAGAAUGGCAACAUCAGGCGCCUGAAGGAACUUACCGAAAUGAUUGAUAACAGGUAUGAGCAGGUAGAUCUCACAAAGGAGAACCCGGUCCAGAUUGCGGCCCUUCUCAAGAAGUUCCUUCGUGAGAUGCCAGAUCCACUCAUGACUUUCAAGCUGCAUCGCUUAUUUGUGGUAUCUCAGAAGAUCUCCGACCCUGAGAAACAAAAGCGGCUCUUACAUCUCACCUGUUGCUUGCUGCCCAAGGCUCAUCGUGAUACCAUGGAAGUUCUGUUCGCGUUUCUCAACUGGACUUCUUCUUUUUCGCAUGUCGAUGAGGAAUCUGGGAGCAAGAUGGACAUUCAUAACUUGGCAACCGUGAUCACUCCGAAUAUCCUUUAUCCUAACACCAAAGCAAGCACCGUAGACGAAAGUUUCCUGGCAAUCGAGGCUGUCAACUGUCUGAUAACCUACAAUGAUACUAUGUGCGAGAUUCCGGAAGAUCUGCAAUCGGUGCUCAGCGACCCAACCUUCUUCAAGGAGAACAGCGAAGUGACCACCAAGGACAUUCUGAGGCGGUACGGUGAUAUCGCACGGGGUAGUUUCUCUCAGAAGCCUAUCAAUGGCGGUGAAACUGUGACAAUUACGAAUUCUACCCGCGGAGCAAACAUUCCUACCUCUGCACGCAUUGAGACGGACGUCUCCCAAGAUGCAGCUUGGCAGGCACAGAGCUCAGUUCGCCAUGUUCAAAGCCCUGGAGGACUUGGCCACUCCACAAACACCACUUCGACGACUGGGCUGGACCUCGGGCCUGGAUCGGCAACUGAUUACCGUGAGCGAAGCACGAGUAAUAGCAGCCAGCAAAACCCUAUUCAACCUGAUGGACAAGGCCAGCAGUUGCCUUACCGGCCUCGUCCAGGCGCAGGGCCUAUGGGCGUUGCUGGCUAGACGACAGCUGGCCUUUAUCUUCGGCGGUGACAAAACAUCGUCGCUUUUCUGCAUAGUCUCAAAGAUAUUUCUCUGAUACAUUAAUCGCCGAUAUCUCGUUUGAGCUCCAAAGAAUGCUCUUGGCGUAUGACUGGGCCGUUCAGCGUUCCUUCGAAAUAACAUGGUUGGAUGGAGUUUCUUU